GUCAUAAAUUAAAAAAUUGUUGCAAUUAAUGGUUCUGACUCCUCGCGUACAAACAUGUUUCUAAAUGAAAAUGGUGGUUAUCACCAACAUGCAAUUGAUGGCGUCAUAAUUAACGAACAGAGAAUGAAAUCGUCAUGACCCCCAUAUGAUUCCACCGAUCUCCAUCGUUACAUUCAUAAAACCCUACAAUACCUUCCAUUGAUCCAGGAUUUAGUGAUUUUGUCGAGUAGAAGUAAUUUAGGUUAUUUCAUUCGGUUAGCAUGCUGCACGCACAGUCGACGAUUGAGGAGCAGUUGAUAUUGAGAGCAAUUAAGGAGGAAUGUUCUUGGGAGAGUCUCCCUAGACGUCUCCAGGCGAGUUUGAAUUCUAGGGAUGAAUGGCAUAAAAGGAUAACUGAACAUUGUAUAAAGAAAAGGCUUCAAUGGCGCACUUCUUUUGUGCGAAAAGUAUGCAGAGAAGGUGAAUAUUACGAGGACAUGAUGCGUUAUUUACGCAAAAACUUAGCUCUGUUUCCUUAUCAUCUUUCUGAGUAUGUUUGUCGUGUAAUGAGGGUCUCUCCAUUCAGAUACUAUUGCGAUAUGAUCUUUGAAGUCAUGAAAAAUGAACAGUCUUAUGAUCGAAUUCCAAAUUUUAGUGCGGCAGAUGCUUUGAGACUGACUGGGAUAGGCAGAAAUGAAUUUAUUGAUAUCAUGAACAGGUGCAGAUCUAAGAAAAUAAUGUGGAAGCUGAACAAGUCAAUAGCUAGAGAAUCAUUGCCUACACACCCAGUGGACAUCACAAUCGAACCUUGGUGGGGAGUUUGUCUUGUCAACUUUACAAUUGAAGAAUUUAAGAAGCUUUCAGAAGAAGAAAUCGCAACAAUUGAUAAAAUAUGCAAAGAGGAAACAAAUGCAUUCAUGCUCUUUGAUCCUGUCAUCAUCAAAGGUCUUUACCGAAGGGGACUAGUCUACCUUGAUGUCUGUGUUUAUGCUGAGGAUCGAUUUCAAGUAUGCAAGCUAGAAGGGUUUGUUUCAAACAGAGAGCAGUCAUAUGAAGAUCCAAUUGAGGAGUUGCUUUAUGCUGUUUUUGUGGUUUCAAGUGAGAGUUCAACUGUUGCUGAAUUGGCGACUACAUUACAGGUGGAACUGUCUCAACUUCAGGCUGCUGCUUCUUUUGCUUGUAGGUUGGCAUGGGCAGUUAAAAUAAUUGACCCUGGAUCGAUUCUUCAAGAUCCAAAUAGUCCCGGAUCUUCUAGAAAUGUUGUACUUGGUGAUGAAGAUGACUGUUCUCGUGCCAGUGUGGGAUCUGUAAACACAUCUGUUGAUGGCAGUGUUUUUCAACCUGAUGGGUCGGAUGCCCAUGGACCUACUUCUGGUUAUGCCCGUGUUGCUUUUGUUGUUGAUGCGGAAAUAACAUCAUAUCUUAUGAUGGGCUCUGUUUCACCAGGUUUAAAGUCGCAUGCAGUAACAUUAUACGAAGCAGGAAAACUGGGUCAUGCUAGCAUAGAAGAUCUCUGCAAAGAUCUUAGCUCGUUAGAAGGAGCCAAAUUCGAGGGAGUCCUUCAGGAAUUCGCCAACCAUGCAUUCAGCCUCCGAUCUGUUUUGGAAUGUUUAACAUCUGGAGGAAUGCCUCCCAGCAAAGGGAAAGCUUCCAUGGAUUCUUCAACCAACGAAGACUCUGCUUCUGUUUCUGGAGAUGCAGGUGUACCGGAUGAUUCCGAUUCCACUGUUACUGCAACUGAAGAUACUAAUGAUUCCGAUUCCACUGUCACUGCAACAGAUGACACUUGUGAAGGUGAGGGUUCCAAAUCGGAUCAUAAUUUUGAAGGAUCUGAUGCAGGAAAAGCAAUAACUAAAAAAAUAAGAAGAUAUCAUGUCGAUAUCAUGCGAUGUGAAAGCUUAGCUACUCUCGCACCAGCAACGCUAGACAGGUUAUUCCGUCGUGACUAUGAAAUCGUCGUCUCAAUGUUACCACUUCCUCCUUCUUCUGUACUUCCCGGACCUAAAGGUCCGGUUCAUUUUGGUCCGCCGUCUUACUCCUCCCUGACACCAUGGAUGAAUCUCGUACUUUACUCAGCUGUUCGUGGUGGACCGUUAUCCGUCGUCCUUAUGAAAGGUCAAUUCUUAAGGUUACUUCCAGCGCCAUUAUCAGGUUGCGAGAAAGCCCUGGUAUGGUCGUGGAAUGAAACUUCAGUUUCAGACAAAUUCGACGGGGGUUUAGUCAAAGGAAACAUACUCCUCCAUUGUUUAAAUUCACUCUUGAAACACACAGCUGUGUUAGUUCAGCCUUUAAGCAGGUACGACCUUGACGAAUCGGGAAAAAUCACCACCAUGGAUGUCCCUCUCCCGUUGAAGAACUCCGAUGGUUCAUCACCUGAUAUCGGGAAGGAAUUAGGGCUUGAUACAGACGAAAGCUCGAAACUCAAUUUUCUGUUAAGCGAUUUGGCAAGUCAGAUAGAGCUAUGGUCAGUCGGUUAUAUUCGUUUGUUGAAGCUGUUUAAAAGCGACCCCAACUACAGUUUCACACCUGAUGAUAAAUACGAAUGGGUUCCGUUGAGUGUGGAAUUCGGGAUUCCGUUAUUCUGUCCGGAUUUAUGCAAAAAUAUAUGUAAACGAGUGGUUUCCUCUCAGUUACUCCAGACGAAUUUGUGUACAGAGCAUCAUAAUGCGAUGCAAGAACUGAGGAAAAGGUUACAGAAGAUCUGUUCGGAGUAUCAAGCAACUGGUUCGACUGCAAGGAUGCUUUAUCAAAGAGAUCAUCAACCCAAAUCCGAUCAACCAAAAGCUCCAAAUAAACUUCUUAUGACUUACGCGAGCCAGAGAUGGAAUCCACUCACUGAACCUUCUUCUCCUAUUUCUGGAACGAACGAUCAACAAAGAUUAAAGCUUGCUAACAGGCAACGUUCUGGUACAGAAGUACUCAGCUUUGAUGGCAACAUUUUAAGAUCCUAUUCGCUUGCUCCUGUUUAUGAAACUGUGAUGGGUAUGUUUGAAGAGGCUACUGAAUCAAGUUCAAGUAGUAGUAAAUCAGAUGAUAUGGACAGCAGAGAAACUAUCCUGCCAGGUGUCAAUCUUCUAUUUGAUGGAUCCGAGUUGCGUCCAUUUGAUAUAGCUGCUUGUCUUCAGGCUCGACAACCAGUAUCUUUAAUAGUGGAAGCUUCAAUCGCAUCUGCUGCAUCUUCUGGUAUCAAAUAGGAGCCACGUGUCAAACUAUAUAUACAACACUAAACAUUUUCUCUCUCUAUGCUGACCUGGACAACCCUUUUUCGUUUCUUUUCUUUGUGCUUCAAAUUUCAAUGCUUCUGGCUGCUGCUCAAUUAUCAAAGCUAAGGGCAUACAGUUCUAGUCAACACAGGACCCAUAGGUUACGACGUUUGCCAACAAUUAUGAGCUUAAAAUGAUGGUUUUAGCUACACAUUAUUUAAAAAGUUUUUUAAAAAAAUGUUAAUAUAGCAAAAGGAGUAAAGUUUUCAUCAUCAUAGUAUAUAUUCUUGUUGAUUACAAUGUUGUUGUUUACAUACAUAUAUAAAAUUAAAAGCAUACUAGACUGAUAUAACCUUUGUUUAUAAAUUAUAAAUCAUGUUUAUACUUUGAACACAAACAGUUGUUCUUGAAAUAAUUAAAAGAAGACAAAAUGAUUUGGCAGAUUAAAAUUAGUUAUUGAAUGAAGGAAGGAGAAUACCUAACAUUAACAUGGGUCAUGU